CUUUACUGUAACAGGCAUGGGAUUGUGGGAUAGUGCCUGAAAGCAAAGACCGCGGUUACGGUUUAAUUUAAGAAACAGAAAAUAAUCGAGUUGUGUCGUUCUUAUAGAACGUGAAUAUGGGAAGAGAGUCCAGACAUUAUCGAAAACGUUCUGCCUCAAGGGGCCGCUCAGGUAGUAGAUCCCCAGACAAACGCUCCAAGCGUGAUGAUCGUGCCCGCUCUCGGAGCAAAGAUCGAGACAGAAGAAGAGAGCGCUCACGCAGCAGAGACAGGAGGAGGUCCAGGUCUCGGGACCGCAAGCGUGUCAGACGCUCUAGGAGUCGUGAACGACGAAGGUCUCGCAGUCGUGACAGGAGAAGGUCUCAUAGUAGGAGCAGAGGUAGACGAUCACGCUCAGCCAGCCCUGUCAAGGGAAGGAAAAACGAUGACAGGUCUAAGUCUAUAGAGAAAACUGAUAGCACAGAAACCAUUGUAGAAAAGAAGAAAAUUAAAGAGGAGAAAGAGGAAGAAAAGGAAGAAGAUCAAGACUUCGAUCAAAACAAACUAGAAGAGGAAAUGAGGAAAAGGAAAGAACGAGUGGAGAAAUGGAGAGAGGAGCAGAGAAAGAAAGCAGUAGAGAACAUUGGUGAACUGAAGAAGGAGCUUGAGGAGAUGAAGCAAGGAAAAAAAUGGAGCCUUGAGGAUGAUGAUGAUGAUGAUGAAGAAGCAGUUAUAGCUGAGGAGGUGGAAGAAGAAAUUGUAGAGGAAGCAGAUGAAGAACUAGAUCCAUUAGAUGCAUACAUGGAAGAAGUUAAGGAAGAAGUAAAGAAGUUUAACAUUGGAAGCAUGAAGGGUGGUGAUAAGAAGGGUGGAACAACAGUAACCAAAGUGAUGACUGUGGUGAAAACCAAAAAAGCACCAGCAGAAUCUGACAAGAAGAAGGGAGAACUAAUGGAAAAUGACCAGGAUGCAAUGGAAUACUCAUCUGAAGAAGAAGAGGUUGAUCUGCAGACAGCUCUUACAGGUUAUCAGACCAAGCAGAGGAAACUUUUAGAACCUGUAGACCACCACAAAAUUGAAUAUGAACCUUUCCGUAAAAAUUUUUAUGUGGAGGUUCCUGAACUGACUCGAAUGUCUUUAGAGGAAGUAAAUUCUUACAGACUGGAGUUAGAGGGAAUCACAGUUAAGGGUAAAGGUUGUCCAAAACCUAUCAAAACAUGGGUACAGUGUGGAAUUUCCAUGAAGAUUUUAAGUGCUCUUAAAAAGCAUAACUAUGAAAAGCCUACACCAAUUCAAGCCCAGGCUAUUCCAGCAAUCAUGUCUGGUCGUGAUUUGAUUGGCAUAGCUAAAACUGGAAGUGGGAAAACCAUUGCUUUUCUUUUACCAAUGUUUCGACACAUUAUGGAUCAGAGAUCUCUUGAAGAAGGUGAAGGUCCUAUAGCCCUUAUUAUGACACCCACUAGAGAACUGGCUCUCCAGAUUACAAAAGAAUGUAAAAAAUUUUCCAAACCCCUUGGGCUUAGAGUGGUCUGCGUUUAUGGUGGCACAGGAAUUAGCGAACAGAUUGCUGAACUUAAGAGAGGAGCAGAAAUCAUUGUUUGCACUCCAGGGCGCAUGAUCGACAUGCUUGGAGCAAACAGUGGUCGGGUUACUAACAUGCGCAGGGUCACUUAUGUUGUACUUGAUGAAGCAGACAGAAUGUUUGACAUGGGUUUUGAACCACAGGUGAUGCGUAUUGUUGAUAAUAUUAGACCAGACCGUCAGACAGUAAUGUUCUCAGCUACUUUCCCAAGGGCAAUGGAAGCUCUGGCUAGAAGAAUAUUAUCAAAACCUGUUGAAGUCCAAGUAGGCGGUCGGAGUGUUGUUUGCUCUGAUGUGGAGCAACAUGUGGUUGUAAUUGAGGAAGAAAAUAAGUUUCUCAAACUACUGGAGUUAUUAGGGCACUACCAGGAGAAAGGCUCUGUGAUUAUCUUUGUGGAUAAACAAGAACAUGCUGAUGCCUUACUGAAGGAUCUGAUGAAAGCGUCAUAUCCCUGUAUGUCUCUUCAUGGAGGAAUUGACCAGUAUGACAGAGACAGUAUUGUCAAUGACUUUAAAAGUGGAGCAUGCAGGCUACUUGUAGCAACUUCAGUGGCAGCCCGAGGUUUGGAUGUUAAAAUGUUAAACUUGGUGGUGAACUACAGCUGCCCUAAUCACUAUGAAGAUUAUGUUCACAGAGCUGGACGUACUGGUAGAGCAGGCAAUAAAGGUUUUGCCUAUACUUUCAUUACUGAAGAACAAGCGCGAUAUUCUGGUGAUAUUAUUAAAGCUCUUGAGUUGUCAGGAGCAUCAGUUCCUCCUGAACUUGAAAAACUAUGGAAUGAUUUCAAAGACCAACAGAAAGCAGAAGGAAAAAUUAUAAAGAAGAGCAGUGGGUUCUCCGGAAAAGGAUUCAAGUUUGAUGAAACAGAGCAGGCUUUGGCUAAUGAAAGGAAAAAGCUUCAGAAAGCUGCAUUAGGUCUACAGGACUCUGAUGACGAGGACACUGCUUUAGAUAUUGAUGAACAAAUUGAGAGCAUGUUUAACUCAAAGAAGCGAGUGAAAGAUAUGGCUGCUCCUGGAGGCAGAGGAGGAGGUGCAAACCAAAAUGCAGCUGGUGUGGGUGGACCUAGUGCUGCUGGUGGCGUAGCAACUGCUCCAGUGCCUUCUGCUGGUAAUGCUGAGAAACUGGAGAUAGCCAAGAGACUGGCCUUGAAAAUAAAUGUUAAAAAGAACCUGGGGGCUGAAGCACAGGAUGUGAUGCAGCAAGCAACAAAUGCCAUUUUAAGAGGUGGUACCAUUCAAGCACCAUCUGUGUCUGCAAAAACAUUUGCAGAGCAGAUGGCUGAAAAGCUCAAUGCAAAGCUGAACUAUACUCCGGUCGAGAAACAAGAAGAAGACAAGCAGGACAGUGGGCAAAAUGAGUCCUUCAAGAGGUAUGAAGAGGAGCUGGAGAUAAAUGACUUCCCUCAGACUGCCAGAUGGAAGGUUACAUCCAAGGAAGCAUUGCAGAGGAUCAGUGAAUACUCGGAGGCUGCAAUCACCAUCCGAGGAACCUACUUUCCACAAGGCAAGGAGCCCAAGGAAGGAGAGCGAAAAAUAUACCUUGCUAUUGAAAGUGCAAAUGAGUUGGCUGUGCAAAAAGCAAAAGCGGAAAUUACUAGGCUUAUUAAAGAAGAACUUAUUAGACUUCAAAAUUCUUACCAACCAACCAGCAAAGGAAGAUACAAGGUGUUAUAGAUGUUAUGAAGGCAAAAUUGGAGGCUUCAGGAAAGAUCUCUGUGGUUUUUACCUUUGUUUUAAUAUCAGUUGUUUUUGUAUUUUAAGCACACUUGUUUAAUUAUUCCUGUGUGUAAUAUUUUUGUUUAAUAUGUUACUUUUGUACAUUUAAUUUUCAUUUCUUAAAUAAAUAUUUUGAUCAGUCAGACCAAGCAUGCUGUAAAUGCUAUAUUGUUCGUAAGUUGAGCAUCUGGAAACCAAAACCAGCCUGUUUGACAAUGCGUGUUCAUCGCGUUGAUCAUCAUUGACUUUCCAAAUACCGAAAUGUGUGUCCUGCUACAGUAGCUUAAAUGGUCAUUGCAAAUCAGGUUCAAGAUGUUUUAUUUUCAAAAUUGUUUUUAGCUGUUUGUAUAUCUCAAAAACUGUACCAGAAUACAUUCCUUUAGGGAUUUUUAAUUGGUGAUUUCUUAUCACCUUAAUUAUUCAUGGCAAUGUGCUGCAGUUAUAUUUUAAUAAGGGGGCUAUGCUGUAAAUGUUUUUUGCUAGAAAUACUAGUAAUUUAAGCGAUGUGGUCUAAUAAAAUUCAGUUCUUACCUUUU